UCAUGACUCAUCAUCCCCUUCCUUAUCCUAUGAACUUCAUCCCAUAUAAAUAUACACAGAGAGAGAAAUUAAAAAUCAUCAAAUUCAUCAACCAAAUCUGAACUAAGAACACGAUUUCCAAUCAAAUCAAGAUGUGUUGUAGCUACGGAUUGAUAUCAAGAAGCAAUACUAGCUUCUCAAAUCUCCAAUCGUCUCCUCCAAUCCCCGCCGCCGCCGUAACCGUCACCGUCGCCGUCUCCGUCGCCGCUUCCAGUCGAUAUUCAACUUCUAUUCGACCUGGUAGAGUUUCCUAUCAGACGCAAUCACGCUCGCGAGUUAUUCGAGCGGCGAUAAACGACGGUACUUAUGUUAAGUCAGGUUCGAUCUCUGUUCUUGACAAUAUGAGCUUCUAUGAGCUUUUAGGUAUAUCGGAGAAAGGUAGUUUGGGGGAAAUCAAACAAGCGUAUAAGCAAUUAGCUAGAAAGUAUCAUCCUGAUGUUUCGCCGCCGGAUCUUGUGGCUGAGUAUACUCAGAGGUUUAUUAGGGUUCAGGAAGCUUAUGAAACGCUUUCAGAUCCUGGAAGGAGAGCUAUGUAUGAUAAUGAUAUGUCUAGAGGAAUUCAUUUGGCUUUCUCUGCUAGAAAGAUUUAUCAGUCUGAUCAGGUAAUGGUAGAAAAAAGCGAAUGGAAGGUUCGAUGGAAGUCACAACUAUCGGAGUUGAAGAGAAAGAAGGAAGAAUCGAAUAACAUGUCUUGGGGUGCACAAAUGCGAAGGCAAAGGAACUCGGAAUCAUGAAUGUUUGAGAAAUCUUAGGAGUUGAGUGUAUAUAAGAAUGAACUUAUAGUUAAGGUUUUCUUUUUUUUCAAAAGUUUUUUUUUUUUUUUAUCUUGAACCACUAUAUUAUAAUAUUUUAUUAUGAAACCGUGUAUAUAUAUAUAUAUUGAAAACUUAUUUCUCUUUUUUAUAUGUAUAAUAAGGUGUUUUUAUUAACAAAAAGUAAUUGUAAAAUCAUUUAGCUCUAUUUUAUAGCAUGAAUAAUUAAGCUUAUAAAAAUAAUUUAACUU